AUGCUCCGGAGGAAGGGGUGGGGGGUGGGGAAGAGGUUGCUCCAGUGACAAAGCUUGCGGAGUUCCCGACUCGCAGGAACUCUUCUUGCCGCCGCCUUCUUCUUCUUCGGAGAAUUUUUCAAACUCCUGGAAUAUUCUGCCCUUUUUUAAUCGGCCGCCUCUUUCGGCGCUUUGCCUGAAAGUCACGGGCAGGGCGGCUGCUGUUGCUGCUGCUGCUGCUUCUUGCUUUUCAAUCCCCCCCCAGACACUCCUCAAAGGAAAUCUUCCGAAUCGCUCUUUUGAUUUCUCGCAAGGCACAGGCUCCGGCGACUUGCGAGGAUAUGAACAAUUUUCCAGGUGGGCUACUCAGUGGGAGCGAAGCUGAAAGGCGUCCAAUCAGGCUUAGGCAACCCACAGCCUGGUCCAAAUGCCUCUCCGGCGGAUCUCGGUAAUCCCAGCCCAGGAGGCGACCAGCAAUGGGAGAACUUCCAUAGGUAGAAACAAAGAGAAGAACAGGGAAGUCGAGAAUUUCAGAAUUUGAAAAGGGAUAAGUGGAAGGAGAAAAUGUUGGGCUGGUGCCAAGCGAUAGCUCGUAAUCCUCACAGAUUCCCAAACAGCACAAGAACCCCCGAAGUCACAGGUGAUGCUUCACAUAUCUCUGCCUUGAAUGAAAAAUCUCCAGGGCGCUCAGCAAGUCGAUCAAGUAACAUUUCAAAGGCAAGCAGUCCUACUACAGGGACAGCUCCCGGAAGCCAGUCACGGUUAUCUGUCUGCCCAUCUACUCAGGACAUCUGUAGGAUCUGUCACUGUGAGGGAGACGAUGAAAGCCCCCUCAUCACACCAUGUCGCUGCACAGGGACCCUACGCUUCGUUCAUCAGGCUUGUCUCCAUCAAUGGAUUAAGAGCUCAGACACACGUUGCUGUGAACUCUGCAAGUAUGACUUCAUCAUGGAGACUAAACUUAAACCUCUCCGAAAGUGGGAGAAACUGCAGAUGACAACAAGUGAAAGAAGAAAAAUAGUUUGCUCAGUCACAUUCCACAUUAUUGCUAUUACCUGUGUAGUUUGGUCAUUAUAUGUAUUGAUAGAUCGGACUGCUGAGGAAAUUAAGCAAGGCAAUGACAAUGGAGUCCUAGAAUGGCCAUUUUGGACAAAAUUGGUUGUGGUAGCCAUUGGAUUCACUGGAGGCCUUGUCUUCAUGUACGUGCAAUGUAAAGUCUACAUUCAGUUAUGGCGAAGGCUGAAGGCUUAUAACCGUGUGAUAUUUGUUCAGAACUGUCCAGAUACUGCCAAAAAGCUGGAAGAGAAAAAUUCUUCCACUAUUCAGAACACUGAAAUUAAAGAUACCGUUGUGGUUCCGGUAUCACAGACAGAUACAAACUGUCAGCAAACAGAAGAUGUUCCUGAUGUCAUGCCAGUUUGAUGGAAGUAGCAUUUCUUUGGGAAACAAAGUGAAAUGUUUCUCUUAGCUACAAGAAGAAGAAAAAAAAUCAAAUCCACAGAUUAUAUUUGAAAAAAAGAACCAACAUAGAAAAAUAGCAAGGAAAAUCAAUAAGAAACUGCACAUUACCUCUGAAAUGUAACUGAGAAAUGUUUUUUCACCUUUCUUGCUAAGUACAGUUAAAAGUGGAAGAAGAUAGAAAAGCAAAAACUUCCAAGAGGCAAAGGACAUGCCAACACUACUAUUGAUGGCUUAAAAGAACUGCAUUUGCAGAACUUCUACUUAUGUUCUGUUUACAAGAAAAAAAAACUUUAUGUGUAUUUGCUACUAUGGUCUUUUUGCUAAUUAUUGUAAACUUGGGGGGGGGGGAGAGCAAACAAAUUUUUAAGGUUCUUAUAAAGGUAUGCAUUGAAGCACAAAUUAUCUGAUAAUGUGAUAUUUAAUGCUAAGGUGAUUUACCCUAUAACAUUUCUGUAAAAACAACCAGACUUAUUAAGUAAUAAUGGAUUUUGAGUAUUUGUAAACUAGAAUAUUAGAAAUAUUUUUCUUGGUCAACCAUAGACACAGAAAUAAUUAACAGCAAAUUCCCUGACAUAUUGUUACAUUCAUCUGGAGCAGCAGCUUAGUUUGUAAUUAUUCUUAUAUAGUAGAAUAUUAAAAACUUCCUGGUCACUGUAAGAUUAUGGUUCCAAAGGAAAAAUUCAUUAAAUCGGGAGUAUUAAGACACCAAAGUACUCUUGUUAACAAAAGACUUUACAAUUUCCAGUAUCUAUUUAUUAGGGUGAGAAAUAUGCAAAAAAAACACAAAAACCACCCAAAAAUUACAGCCCUAUGCUUUGUUUUAAAGAUAGCCUUGAAAAAGUCAGUGUGGACAGCAUUCACAUUAUGACAAUAUUUCUUCAAUGUGAACUUAAUUGACAAUGUAUAUGCAGUAACUUCUAUAUAAGAAAGAAUUUAACAGUUAAGGAUUCAGUAGUUCAUUUGAUACUAUUAUUUUAAUAUAUUAAUAUAAAAUGAGAUAUGAUUAAAUAAGAUGCUUAAAUUCACAUCAAUGUAAGAAUGCAGCCUGGAGGGAUCCAAAGAAUAAUUUGGUAUCCCAUUUCAGAAGUAUUUACCCAGGAGGCUUAAAGAAAGUAAGAUAUUUACAGAAAAAUAAGUAUCUUAUUUCUAUCACUGUUAUGCUUGUUUGAUUGUAUUGUGAGUUGUGCCCAAGUAAUGUGAGUUAAUACAAGAAAACAGUAAUAAGGGGAGCUUAUGAUGAAAAACUGCAAUUAGUUAUUUCUAAAAGAAUUCUAAUUCAUGCUGCAAAUUUUAAAAAAGAGUAAACUGUCCUGACAUGCUUAUAUUUGUUUGUUCCGUUGAGAAAUUGCAAACACAGUUAACUUCAUUAAGAUAAAUGGGUAUUUUCUCACUUGAUAUCAGUAAAUCAGAGUUGUUACCAUUAUCAGAAAUCUAGCUUGGUUGAAAACAUAUUAACCAUAAAGUUAAUAUUACACAAUAUGAUAGAUAUGACAAGAAUUAUAAUGCUGGAAAGCUUUCUGAAAUGAAAACUGGAUAACUGAACUGUAAACUAAGUAUUUCAGAUAAAAGGGAAAAAUGCCGUUAUAGUAUUUUGUGGUGUUUAGACGAUCCCAUAAUUUAUUUCAGAUAAUGGGACAGAUGGAAAAGAAGUCAGGUCACAAGCUGAAAUUAAAUUCAAACUUAAUGGUUUGCAUUUUUUUUCUAAGCGACAUAUAGAAGAUCAGGAUGUAGUUUGGGUUAUAUUUAUAAUUUGGAGUGCUUCUUCUCCAACUAUAAAUAUUUAUGAUGUUACUAUCCUUUGCAUAGAAGAUCACUAUGGCAUUAAAAGCUGAAAACUGAAUUUAUACACAACAAAAUGCACUUUCAGAAUAAUACUGCAAUGUGAAUUUCUUAUCAUUCUACUAAUGUUAACGUCAGGCCAGGCAGUUAUUUGCCCGACUGCAUAUUUUGCCCAGACCGUACAAUGGAGCCCAUACAGAGCAACAUUGUGUAAAAGGAUUAUCGUGCAUGUAACAAAAAAUAAAUGACUGGUUAUUCAUAUAUUCAGUGCCAGUAAAAUACUACGGUAGAUUCAUAGAAAUGUUGGCAUGUUUAUAUAGCAUGAUGCAUUGGGAGAAAAGGUCUACAUGAUUCCCAUACCAAGAUUUAGAAACAAUUUACCAUUAUGCCAGCAACAGUUUUAAACCAAGAAUUGUUUUGGCUUAAUUCCAUUGAAUUUAGGGAAUUACGCUAUUUUUAAAACCUGAUUCAGAGGGAAAUAGGUAUGAAGGAACAGCUUUCAUUUGUUUUUAAAAAUAAUAUUUGUACCACAAUUUGCAAUAUGCCACAUUUUAUGCUGUCUUUCUUGAGUACCAGUUAAAGAAAAAGUGUAUUACAGAUACCAGAAAAAAUAUGGAAUAUUAUUGUCCUUUAAGGAAAAAAAGCAAAAUUUUAAAUUCCAGUAUUUUUUGUUUUUUUGUUUGUUUUAUUCUUAGGCAGCAUUCGAUUUCAAAUUAUCCUCCUGGCUAUAAAUCUAAAAUACUAUUAGUAUAUUAUAAUUGCUACAGUGGAAAGCAAUCAAUAGCAAAGAUCAGUAUUGUAUUGUUGCACAGAUCCCCAUUUAUCUGAAAAUUAUCUCUCAAUUUCUGAAAACUGCACUGCAAUCUAUGAUGCAAAUAUUUUAUUAUAUAUAAUCAUUGGACUUGCAAGUUUGUUACUUGUUUUACCCAGUUCUCUUUGGCAAGAGCUUUUGUGGGUGAUUUGUGUAUUUAAAAGGUUCUUGGGGUGAGAAAAAAAAAACCUAAUUGUUGUGGAACAAAUUUGUAUUUGUAAUAAACAGAUGACUCUUAA